UGUUUCUAUCGCUUCUUUGUCAACUGAUGACACUUGGAGUUCAGAGUUGACGUGGCAAUGGCGGCGCCUCGGUAUGGACGCGACCGGCAGCGGCCACACCGCCGUGGCGUUCCCGGGAGCAAGCGCAUCAACCCGUGGUACCUCUUAGCUGGCGGGUUCUUCGUAGUGUACUUCAUUUUCCUUGUGCGAUGGGGAUUUGGAAACGUUUCUAAUCUGGAAGGUUCCGCUCCCACCGAGCAGCUCAGCAACCUGCGCAAGGCCAGCAACCCGGUACACGUACAGAGCGAUGACGCUCUGGACGUAGAGAUUGCAGCGCGACUGGAAGAACAGCGCAGAAUCGAGGAGCGCGCGCGUCAAAUCCCCAUUAAAGUGGUGCUCCCGACCACUGCACCACCCACUGAUCCCCCAAUUGCUACAACGGCAGCUCCAAUCGCUACUAUUGCUGCUACAAUGACCGAAAAGCCCAGAGAUCUUGAGAAAUUGGCUGUCGAUCAGAAGCUGGAAGGACGUGUGCCCGGAAUGCCAGUGCCGGUGGUGGAGGAAUCGCCAGUAGUGCAGGUUACUGAAGCUGCACUUGCUCCCGUGGAGCCUGUCGUUGCUCCUGGCACUCCAGCAUCUAUUGCUACGAAGGCUGUACCAGCUCAGGCUAUACCAGCUCAGGCUGUACCAGCAUCGACAACGGUACCGUUCGCUGCAAGACAUCAGACGAUCUCGGGAUAUGGCGAGACGAUGAAGUUCUUGGAAAACUACCAGUACAACCCGGACGAGUCGUUGUUCCUCUUCUUCAUGUGCAGUGACGAGCAGUUUAAAGCAAGUGACUGGUCCGAGGAGUGCGCAAAGGGCAAACAACACGUGUACGACGUGUUUUCCAAGUCUCCCGGUCGCAACCGAUUGGUGACGGUGUUUGCAGGGUCGGAGAAGUACUGGAAACACCAGAAUGAUUUCUACAACGACCCCGAUUUGAGAGUGAAGGGCGUGCCUAGCAUCAUGCAGUGGGAAGGACGCAGUGGUCGGACGUCGGGAAUGUUGGUUCAAAUGUCUCUGUAUGACGAGCCGUUUUUGAGGUAUCUUUUCAAGAACACGGACCAACCGGAGCUACUUUUUGCAGCUGAAGAUGUCAAGAACAAGCAGAUAGUAACCGUGAACGGCUAUGACGCGUACGUGGACGCCAUGAUCAAGUUCGAGAAGGAGGCGAAUCCGGUCCCCACGUUUUUGAUGAUGGUCUCAGGUCGAUUCAGGAACAACAACCGACCAUGGUGUCCGUAUUGUCGAUAUUCGGAAUUGCCGCUAGAGUACGCGUUUUACUCCUUUGCUCCGAAGAAUGCCCGAUUGAUUCGCGUGGAAGUCACAGACUCGUACGCGGAGUGGAGGAAGCGGACCGAAUUCACUGCCGAUCAGAACCUGCAGCUUAAGAUCGUGCCGUUGAUGUUUAAGAUCGACCAACUUCCAGCGACCACCCCGAACGGUCCGAAAUCGAUCAAGUUUACCCAACACAAGAUUCGCUACGACCGAUUGACCCCAUUACGCGAGCUCUUCACUAGCUAUGCUUAGAGUCGAAGUGACAUCGCCCAUAGAGCUGGGUAUUUUGAAUUCUAUAGAACUUGAUCGUGUUUGUAUUUUUACUGGUACUUGAGUACUCUAGCUAGAGUUGAGAGAAGCUACAUCACCUCUUUAAACUUGACAUCGAAUAUCGCUCUAUCC